AUGACUAUGCAGUGUUUCGUUUGGAAAUAACUCAAAGACAUAAAGAAAACAGGGCAUUGCAGAGGAAACUACAGCUACUUGAACUGAAGGUAUCACGGGACCGCGCAGACAAGACGAUGCGAGAGCGCAUUCUCGCCAGUCGUCCCAGAAGUGUCAAGAUCCUCGACCGAUACAGAGGAACCGCAAGAGGUGAAGGACAUCUCACUGGAGGCCACAAGAGCUUUGUGAAGCCAGCGGAACACAAUACAUGGAGAGAUGAUCAACCAAUCACUGUUGAUGAGGGGAGUGGAACCGCAACCCAGCACUUUAUCAUGAUAGAGGAUGCAGAGGCUGCAGGUCCUGGGGUCAAGCUGGAGAGGUCUCAAAAAGAGGAGGACCCACRGCACAGCAGAGACAUCCAUACUGGAACGGCUGGAGCGCCCCCUGUAGCCACGGAGGAACCCACCACCGCCCCAGCGCCACCCAUUACCCGACGAAACAUCAUGGAGGAGGAGGAGGGUCCAGAGGUGCUGCUGGUGAAGGAGGAGGAGUGUGAGGAGGGUCUGGGGAACCCUGAGAGGACCAUGGUCAUGGACGACAACCAGAUUACACCUCCUCCUGAACUCACAGAGGAACCAGCUGAGCAGCACAGGACCACACACAGUCUCACUGAGUCAGUAGACAUGGAGGAUGGGAAGCCUGCUCUGCUGAUGGUCAAAGAGGAGACGAUAGAAGAUGAACCAGAGAGCAUUGAUCUGCUGAGUGGACUAAAGAUGGGGGAGCAAGGUGGUUGGCUAGAGGCUAACAGAGGAGACUGGGUGGCCAUCUUGGAUUCCCAGACGAGUGCAGUCAAUGGCCUGGGGGAUGACAUCCCUGAGCAAGCCAGGACCAGAGGCAACACAGUGAUCAGCGGAUGGGACAACGUCCUCAACUCUGGGCUGGGGAACAACACUGUUAACCACAACCAGAAACAGACUGUCGAACACAAAACAACAGCUGAACUUAGUCUUCAUGACAGACUGGCUGAGACCAGGGUGAGGCGUAGAUUUGGUCUGCGGGGACGGGGAGGUGUCUGUAUGAGAACAGACACAGACUCGGCUAGCGAUGCUCCAUCCUGCUCCUAUAGUUGUGAUUCAGAGAAACUGAUGGUGCCGCAGGUUAACCCCCUAACAGGUGCUGCCUUCAGCUUGCCUUCUAUAGGAUCUAUCAAUUGGAACAUGGACCCUGCAACAACACAGACACUCCCUGGCCUUCAUCCUCCUCACACUCUCCUAAUGUUAAACCAGACCUCAGACAACACAAGUACCUCAACACUAAAUGGCUACACAAGCCCUUUGACCAAUGACAGUAGUAGAGACGGAAUCAUUAAAGGUGGCAUCACCAAAGAGAAGCGCUUCCCAUGUUCGUUCUGUGGGAAAACCUUCAGUUUCCCCAAACAAGUAGAGAUCCACCAGAGGAUUCACACGGGGGAGAAACCAUUCGGCUGCCACCUGUGCUGGGCCAGUUUUUCACACUCGUUCAGCCUGAAGAGGCACCAGAGGGUCCAUACAGGGGAGAAACCAUUCAAUUGCCACCUGUGCCGGGCCAGUUUUUCACAUUUGUUUAACCUGAAGAGGCACCAGAGUGUCCACACAGGGGAGAAAUCCUGAAGCUCCCAGUGUGAGAAGAAGUUCUCCCACCAGCACCAGCUGAAGAUGCACCUGAAGGUCCACAAGGGAGAGAGGCCGUUCGCCUGUACGCACUGC